CCGCCAUUACUUAUCUUUUUCUCUUUUUUUUUCUCCUUUUUGUUCAUUACAUACCAUGGCAGCACAACUUUACGAAACUACCAGUGGUAGACUAUUUCAUGCAGGUGCAGUUGCUGUUAUUACUGUAGGUUUACCUGCUCGAGGCAAAACCCAUGCCUCUCGUUCACUUUGUCGUUAUAUGCGUUGGCUUGGUGUAUCCACUAAAGUAUUUAGUGUCGGCAACUAUAGAAGAGAGCGUCUAGGAUCAUUAUCUGAAGAUUGGUUUGAUCCUCAUAAUGAAGAGGCUACAGAGACACGUCUUAAAGUAGCAGAUGAAUGUUUGGAUGAUUUGAUAGAUUGGCUUCAACAUGGAGGAGGACAAGUAGCUAUUUUUGAUGGCAAUAAUGUGUCUGAACAAAGAAGAAAGCAGAUUCACGAUAAACUGCUUGGCUGUGAUAUUCAUCCUUUAUUUCUAGAGUUUAUCUGUAAUAAGCCUGAUAUUAUCUUAGCAAACAUUCGAAGUGUCAAAAUUUCAUCUCCAGAUUACGUCGGAUGGGAUCCAGAAGAAGCUGUGACAGACUAUAAGCGUCGUAUUAAACAACAUGAAGACAACUAUGAAACAAUCACUGAUACAUCACUUCCCUUUGUGAAGAACAUGAAUGCAGGUGAACAGUUUAUUGUGAACAAUGUGAUUGGUUAUCUUCAAUCCCGUAUUGUUUAUUAUCUGAUGAAUCUUCAUAUUCAACGUCGAACCAUUUAUUUUGCUCGAUCUGGUCCUUCUGAAAAUGAACAUUCUUACAAGGCAGAUGCAGACCUAUCUGAAGAAGGUCGACGCUAUGCUGAAAAGUUAAAGGAAUUUAUGCUCUUUCAACAUAAACAAAAGAAUGACAAUUUGGCACCUGAUGAACGACGUCUUUUAACUAUUUGGACUUCUUCACAGAAAAAGGCUUUAGGUACAGCUAUUCCAUUCAUGCAAGCUGGUGUACCUAUUCGUCAACAACCUGUCUUGAAUCAGCUGAAUCCUGGUGAAUCUGAUGGACUCACACCUGAAGAACUCAAGGCUAAGUUCCCUGAUGAAGUAAUCAAGGCCCGUGAAAACCCUUAUCGUCACAGAUAUCCCCGCGCUGAAUCUUAUCAUGAUUUGGCUGUUCGCUUAGAAUCAGUGAUUAUGGAACUUGAGAGAGAAAAGAAUGAUGUGUUGAUUAUUGCUCAUGAAACAGUCUUACGUUGUUUGUACGCUUAUUUAUUUGAUAGACCUGCUCGUGAAAUUCCAACUAUUUCGAUUCCUCGUUCAUGCCUUAUAGAAAUCACACCUUCUGCUUAUGGCUGCAAAGAAACUCGUAUGGAAAUCAAUUAGAGACAACAAUUUAUUAAAAUGCAAAUCGAUUGCCCUUUCUUUG